CAAAGUUUGGGUACGUGAAUGGUCGAGUCUCGAAAUAUUUGACGCGCGCGACAAAUUAAGAUAAUUUGCGUCUCAAUCAAUUAGCUUAGUUAUUCAAAUAAUUUUAAUUCUUGUUUGUCGUGAGUGAUUAUGAAGAAUAUUUGGUAACUGUAGGAUUGUCACUUUGAAUUUUCAAUGAUUUAUUUGAAAGAGUUUGAAAGGAUGAUAAAACCAUCCAGAAAGAAAUCAUUUUAGCCAACAAAUAAGAUCAAUAAAUUUCUAGCAAUGUGGAUUUUUGUGUGUUACUGCUAUUUCUAUUUUUUGCUGCAUCAAGUAGACAGCUUUUGUGGCUCAAUAUCUGUGUUUGAUUAUGUCUGUACAACAUUUAACAGUACUAUUAUUGUAUUAUCUGCAAAACCAUGUGUUUCAAAAUCAUUUGUUUCAUUUACAAUUAUGAGGACUGGUUCUUCUUCGUUUUUUUAUAAUAUAAAGACAGAUAAAAAUAUAGAUCCUGUUAGAAUAGGAAAUAGCUCAACUGCAAUAUUGCUUGAAAUGCAAUCUCUCUCUUCUGAUAUUGUGUAUAAAGAUAGAUUGCAUGUAAAGAUUCGAGCUGUAUUACUAGACAAGAUUGGUAAGAGAAUUUCCACUGAUUUUGAAAACAUUUUUGAAGCUUACAUUCCUAUGCAUCCUUCAAAAUGCCAAGAAAGUAUGCUUGGAGACAACUUAGAUAAAACGGAAGGAACAAUAAAGUUAGAUCAAGGAUUUGUUAGCCAAACCUUUUGUGAAAAGUCAAUGCGCUUAGGUGAUUUUUCUACACUAUGUUACCAUUCUUCAAAAGGAAUUUUUCUAGUGGUUCUUGACAUUUGCUCAGUUCCUUAUAGUGUCAACGUUUUGGCUAUUAAUACUCUGCACCAUGUUGAGAUUAUGAAAACUUUCACUACAAAGAAAGAUGUGUUGAUACCUAUGAAAGCUUCUGGUGGGAUUGGAGGGGAUGAGUGUGGUGUUAAACUAACCAUGUUUCACAGCCAUGGAUUUUCUCAUGAAAAGCAACAUACAGUGCUUACUUAUAGCUGUAAAAAUCAACCUACUAAAGCUGUUAAUAUUAUUGAUGAUUCAUACUAUACUACUUAUGGUCUUAUAUGUCCAGAGUCAGAAUGCACCAAAUUAGAUGUUAAUAAACAGAAUUGUACUGUUAAUGUCACGUCAAAUGAAAAAGCUGUUAGGAUGACAGCUGAAAUAACAUUGAAUAAAUGCUAUCAUUCUAAAACUUCAGCUCAUCUGAACAUACAGGUUGAAGGCUAUAAAACUUUUUCAGCCGAUUUGGAAUGGAGUAAUCACUUUACAAUUCGUCAAAAUGCCAAUAGGGCUGUUUUUGAUUUAGGUCAAAAUGUCCAAGUUCAAAAUGGUUCUUUACCCAUCAGUGGUGGAGAAAUAAGUUUGUAUGUAAAAGAAGAUUUAUCAAUGUUAGCAUUUCAUGUUGUGGUUCUUCGGCAUUAUCCGGAAUAUACUGAUGCAUUUCCACUAGUAAGAAGUAUCUUUUCGUAUAAUGGAGGUGAACUUUGUACAAAACCCCCUAGCACUAUCUUAAUAAAAACAUUGGUGCCUAUCGUUUGUAUUCUAUUUGUUUUAUUCGUUGUUGUCGCUGUUUUCUUCAUUAGAAGACGAUUAAAACAAAGUUAUAAUAAAAAUGGCGAUGGUCUCCCUUAUCAGAUAGAGUUAGGCGACGAUGAUGACUUUGAAGGAUAUGAAACAAGUUAAUCAUUUUGUGUUGUUUUUUUUGUGUGUUUAAAGUGAAGCCUUUGUAAUAUUUAAUAUUUAUCUAUUUUUAUUUACAAGUAUUUAUAUAAGUA